UUGUCUGCUUCUCCUGACGCGCCAACUCAGUGCAUUUUCCAGCAGAGAUCACAGGCUGGGAGGAUGAACGCUCGAGUGUAUUUCUCGUUGAUUGCAGUGUUUUUGUGUCUGUUCGGAUACUUGACCAUAACUCAUGCUAUUCAAAGACGAACCACAGUGGAUGGUUUCUGUCCGGCGAGGCUGAGGGUUGUACCAUCUCAUCAAGGAUGUUCCUCUGAUGAAGACUGCCCUGGAGGGCACAAAUGCUGUCGAUUUGACUGUGGGCCUGUUUGCGUGCUGCCUGUUUUCGUGAAGCCGGGUCAAUGUCCCAUACCGGAGAUGAUUCCACUGUAUGCUGAAAGCUGUUUCAAUGAUGGCCAGUGUCCCGCCACACAGAAGUGUUGCCGAACCAUCGGUGGCUUUGCAUGCAGUGAACCACGUGGACAGGGUGCUGGUCAGGGAAGCGGCGCUGGUCAGGGUGCAGGACAGGGAAGCGGCGCUGGUCAGGGUGCAGGACAGGGAAGCGGCGCUGGUCAGGGUGCAGGACAGGGAAGCGGCGCUGGUCAGGGCGCAGGACAGGGAAGCGGCGCUGGUCAGGGCGCAGGACAGGGUCAGGGAAGCGGCGCAGGACAGGGUCAGGGAAGCGGCGCAGGUCAGGGCGCAGGACAGGGUCUGGGAAGCGGCGCGGGACAGGGUCAGGGAAGCGGCGCUGGUCAGGGUGCAGGCCAGGGAAGCGGCUCUGGUCAGGGCGCGGGUCAGGGAAGCGGCUCUGGUCAGGGCGCGGGUCAGGGAAGCGGCUCUGGUCAGGGCGCGGGUCAGGGAAGCGGCUCUGGUCAGGGCGCGGGUCAGGGAAGCGGCUCUGGUCAGGGCGCGGGUCAGGGAAGCGGCUCUGGUCAGGGCGCGGGUCAGGGAAGCGGCUCUGGUCAGGGCGCGGGUCAGGGAAGCGGCGCGGGACAGGGUCAGGGAAGCGGCGCUGGUCAGGGCGCAGGACAGGGAAGCGGUGCAGGCCAGGGAAGCGGCCAGGGAAGCGGUUAUGGGCAGGGUGCUGGAUAUGGAAGCGGCGCUGGACAGGGUGCAGGACAGGGUCAGGGAAGUGGACAGGGUAAUGGAAGUGGCGCUGGUCAGGGCGCUGGACAGGGAAGCGGCGCUGGUCAGGGCGCUGGACAGGGUGCUGGACAGGGAAGUGGUUAUGGGCAGGGAAGUGGUUAUGGGCAGGGUGCUGGAUAUGGAAGUGGUGCUGGACAGGGUCAGGGAAGCGGCGCUGGACAGGGCACGGGACAGGGAAGCGGUUAUGGCCAGGGCGCUGGA